AUAUCUUUACCGCUUCAACAACUUGAAUUUAACAUUCCCGGUAUCCCGUGAAGGCAGCAUAGCUUCGCUUCCUCAGAGCAGCUCCUCAGUGACUGCAGCCAUUUUGAUUUGAGCCGCAUCUCCGGAGAGAAGCUGACUGAAAAAGGUGUUAGUGCCGAGAGGAGUGAUGUGGGACCAGGGAGGACAGCCGUGGCCGCAGUGGCCUCUCAGCAGCCAGCAGCAAUGGAUGCAGUCUUUCCAACACCAGCAUGACCCAGGUCAAGUGGACUGGGCUGCUCUGGCACAGGCCUGGAUAGCCCAGAAGGAGUCAACAGGAACACAACAGCACAACAUCCAGCCUAAUGGCCAGGACAUCCCCGGCCUUGAAUCUGCUCCACCGCCUAACCAUGGAGCUUUUCAGGGUGAACCAGCAUUUGGAAGGAUGUGGCAACCAGAGUGGGGAAUACAUGGUCAACCCCCUCCUCCACCGCCGCCACCACCACCCCCCCCUGAGCAGCCCUGGAUCCCUCCAGGGUCAGGACCGAUGGAUGUGGUGACCCCAAGUGAGGACAGCAACAGCCAGGACAGCGUGGAGUUCAACUCUGAGGCCCACCACGGGGUUUACCCCCAGAACAGCCAUGGGUAUGGGGCACAGCCCGACAGCUACGCCAUGGCCCCCAUGGCCAUGAACCAGUUUGAUUACCAGCAUGGUGCAGCUCCAUCAUUCGCUCCAACUGCCACAGGAUUUCACUCUCCCUACUGGCAGGGUCCUCCUCAGAACAGACGAGAUACCCGACCGCCUGGGUUUAGAGACCGGCCCAGAUCCCCUAUCCAGCUCCCCGUCAAACCUCCAGAGGCCCCAGCACCUCUAGACGCCGUAAAACGACGCACAUUGCCGGCAUGGAUCCGAGAGGGUCUGGAGAAGAUGGACAGGGAAAAGCAGAAGAAGCUGGAGCGUGAACGAAUGGAAAAGCAGCGUGCAGAAAUGACAAAGGAUGAUGGGAAGGAGCACAAGGCCAACGUCGACGGGGAUGGGCCUCGUUUGCCCCGCAAGAGUAAAUUUGAUAGCGAUGAUGAGGGCAAUGAAGACCAUGAGAACGAAGAGAAGAUCACCAUCAAAAGAGAAUUUUCCACCCGGAGCCCGUCUCCGCCUGCAGAAGACAGUGAACCAGAACUAACUGAUGAGUUAAAGGAAGAGCUGUUGAUGGGCAUCACUAAAACUCUUCUGACAGAGAUCCUCCUAACAGUCACCAAUGAAGAGAUCCUGCAUGUUGCCAGAGACACCCACAGAAAAGCCACUCGAGCUCCUGCAAAACAGCUGGCACAGUCAAGUGCACUGGCUUCUCUGACUGGUCUCAGCGGGAUUGGCGACUAUGGCUCAGAUGAAAGUGAGGACGACGGUGGCCGCAGUGCCAGAGGAUCUGACUCUUCCGACACGGAUGAGGAAGAACUGCACCACCGUAUCCGAGUGAAGCAGGAUGCUUUCCGGCGAAAAGAGCAAGAAAUGCAAGAAAAACUAGCACAAGAGACUCUGCUAGCACGGGAAGAGAUGGUGAAGGAGAGAUUGAGCAGAGAAAAGGGGGAAUACAAUGAGGGUCACUUAGAAAAUGCACAUAAACAGGAAGUGAAUGAGAGGGAGCCAGAGUCCUUGGUAGAUAGGCGUAGGUCUCGCAGCGAUGAGGGCAAGCAUUCAGGCAGGGGGAAGGAACAAUCAAGACGAGGUGGCAGUGAUUCGCCAACCAAUGGUCACAGUAGCAGCUCCCGCUCCACCUCCAGCCGCAGCAGCUCCCACUCAUCCUCUACAUCCUCGUCUUCCUCGGCAUCUUCUCGUAGCUCUUCUCGAUCCUCUUCCCCACGACGGAAGAGAAGGCGUAGUCGCUCUUCAUCCCACAAGGCCCGCCGGCGCAGCCGCAGCCAUAGCUCUCACAGGCAUCGCAGUGAGAAGGGCAGGGAGAGGAGGAGGAGCAGUGCAGAGCGAUCAGGUCGUCACAAGAGGGAGCGCAGUGCUUCCAGAGAGCACAGGAGCCGCAGGAGUAGAUCCCGAUCCAGGGAGAGAGACAGGGAUAAAGGCAGGGGUAGGGGCAGAGACAGCCGCAGUCGCAGUCGCAGCAGAGACAGAGGGAGGGAUAGGGAGAGGAAAAGGAGCCGGGAGCGCAGGGACAGCAGUCACAAUCGGAGCAGUAAACAUAAACAAAAGGCCUCCAGCAGAGAUGGGGAGAGGAGGAGAGACAGAAGUCGAAGCCAUGAAAAAGAUAAGAAAAAGAAGGAUAAAGACAAGGACAGGGAAAAAGAUACUGACAGAAAGAAAGAAAAGCCUAGAUCUAAAGACAAGGAGAAGGAAAAAGAAAGAUCUGUUACAGAGAACGACAAGGCAAAGAAAAGGAAAGGGAGUGACUCAUUCACAGACUCUCAGUGUGAAAAACGCUCUCGACAAGAUAGCAAAACCUCCAGGAAGGGCUCCAGCAAAGCUAGCAAGAGGCGCUCAGACUCCGACUCAAGUAGAUCCCCCUCCCCCGAAGUUAGCAAGGAAAGAAAAUCUAAGAAAUCCAAACGUAGUCGUUCAAGGUCGGUGGAAAAAUCUCACAAGUCUGGUAAGAAGGCAAGCCGCAAACACAAGUCUAAGUCACGAUCAAGGUCGACAUCCCCGUCCCAUCGAAGCAAACGCUGAGGAGCACAGUCGACGUCUGGAUCUGUGCAUUUAACCGCUUAAAAUUCCAUGAGUUGAGCAGGCUUGUCUCAUUAUAGAGGCAGUUGUGUAGGUGAACACCCCCCUCAUACAUUUCUUUUUAUUGUAAAUACGCUGUAAUUUUUUUAAAGUGUGGCUGAUGAACAAUACAUUUUGAAUGGUAGAUUUCAGUAUGCAGAGUUUAAUCACACUAAAAUCUGAAGUUGUAUCAUUUUAAAACAUAAGAUAAAACAUUUUCCCCUCACUUUGUUGUAAGAUGUCCAAUAAAACCAUUUCUUCCUUG